UCUGAGACUAUACCUAACAGGGAUCAUUCAACAAUAGUUUUUCGACGGGUCCAAACACUGAUGCUAGUAGCCUUUGCUUAUCUCUUGAUUUCCCCCGAGGCGCAAAGAAAACCCCCGUUUUAUCACUGAUCUUUCGCCAUGUGCCAUCGAUAGCGGCGCCCUGCUUAUAAAAUCCAAUUCAUCGGGAUGAACCAGCCACUUUCAGUAUCAAUUCAUUAUUGAAGACUGGGAGCUUGGAAAACCGUGGGCCGAGAUCCAUGUCCAAGUCGAACGUUGACGAAAUUUGAGCACCCACUAUCAUGGUUAACAUUCAGGUCGACCAGAUUUACACCCUUAGGAACUUUCAGGGAGGCACUGUCCUUGACCUCCAUGGUGGGGAUAAAAAAUCCAUCAUCGGUUAUGGUAACAACGGUGGUUCCAACCAGGCGUGGAUCUUCGAGCACCGCGGAGAGCGCUGGUCCAUCAAGUCUGUCAGCUCUGGAAAAUACCUUGGGGUUGAUGGCCAGAUCCGCGAUGGCACCAAGCUCGUUGCUGUCUCGACUAUUUUCAUGUGGGAUAUCAAAGACUCUGAUGUCCAAGGCAUUAGGAUAUGUGUCUUCGCUCAUGAUAAGGAAUUCAGUGUAGACCUGUCUAACUAUGGGGAUGGGACAUCUGGCACGGCAGUUCACCUUUGGAGCAGCUGGCCGGGCGCCAAUCAGAUUUGGACUCUUGUGCCUCGUAAAAUGAUUGCAAGUCCGACAGAGCAGAACUCUCGCAUAAUGUGAAUUGUCGUGUGCGUAUACCACUCGUGGAAAAAAGAAAUAUCA